UCUCCAUUCAAUUCUUUCCUCCAUGCUCACAACGGUGGGUUGUUCUAGUAUUUCGUAACUCCGCGUUCUUUUUGCUUCGCGGCAAGAUGGGUAUCUCUCGGGAUCACUGGCAUAAACGGAGAGCCACCGGUGGGAAGAGGAAACCUAUCCGCAAGAAGAGGAAGUUCGAAUUGGGACGUCCAGCUGCGAACACCAAGCUUGGACCACAGCGGAUUCAUACUGUGCGUACGCGUGGAGGCAAUAAGAAGUACAGAGCGCUCAGAUUGGACGCGGGUAACUUUUCCUGGGGCUCCGAGUGCAGCACCAGGAAGACGCGUAUUAUUGACGUCGUUUACAAUGCAUCGAACAACGAGCUGGUGCGAACCAAGACUCUGGUGAAGAACGCCAUUGUCACCAUCGACGCUACGCCGUUCAGGCAGUGGUACGAGGGCCACUACGUGCUGCCGCUGGGCCGCAAGAGGGGCGCCAAAUUGACGGAAGCUGAGGAGGAGGUGCUGAAUAAGAAGCGUUCUAAAAAGGCAGAAUCCAAGUACAAGGCCAGACAGCGAUUCGCUAAGGUUGAGCAAGCCUUGGAGGAGCAAUUUGCGACGGGACGUGUUCUUGCUUGUAUUGCAAGCAGGCCUGGCCAAUGCGGUAGAGCUGACGGUUACAUCCUGGAGGGCAAGGAGCUCGAGUUUUACAUGAGGAAGAUCAAGAGCAAGAAGGCUAAAUAAAUUAAUUAUGGUACAUUAAUAAAAAACGUCGUGAAAUA